AUGACAAUCCCCAUCUUCCCAGUCCGCCGAAUCCUCGGUCGCUUUGUGGCACAGCCACUGCCCCCUGCAGGCACCUUCGAUGGGCAGAAUGUACUCAUCACAGGUGGAACCGGAGGCCUCGGGCUCGCUGCUGCUAUGCAUUAUGCUGCCCUGGGCGCUCAAGUGUUCAUCACCAGUCGCAAUGUCGCUCGUGGACAGAGUGCUAAGAAGCAGAUUGAGCAAGUGUCGAAAUUCAAUGGCACAGAUAAGGUGACUGUAUUGGAGUUGGACAUGUGCUCGUAUGAAUCUUGCGUGGCACUUGUCGGAGACCUUCAAAAACGCUUCAAAGGGCGCGGGCUUGAUGUGGCAGUGCUCAACGCCGGUACGAAUAACCCAAUCUUUACAACAACCAAAGAAGGAUGGGAGGAGACAAUUCAGGUCAACGCAGUCAGCACUGCUCUCCUCGGCCUGCUAUUGGAAGAGUGGCUUAAGGAAGAGCGGCCUAACCGCAAGUCUCCAUCUCGUCUUCUGUUUGUCACCUCUCGCGACCACUUGUAUCCAAGCAUUGAACAUUGGCAAGAAUGGGGUGAGACAGAGGGCCUUCUGAAGCACUUCAGUGACAAGAAGUAUUGGCCUCCAUCAGUACGAGACGAGAUGGAGCCCAACUACGCCAACAGCAAGCUGCUAGUCAUGUAUGCCAUCGAGGAGAUAAGCCAGAGGGCCAAUGAUGCCAACGGAAAGCCUCAGGUGAUAGUAAACAGUGUCUGCCCAGGCACGGUCAAUACUAACAUCGCGGGCCAUAUUGCCGACGAAGGGUGGUCAAUGAAGGUGGGUGUGGCCACCUACAUGAUGAUCAGCGGCAAAUCGCCCGACGCCGGGGCUAGAACGUUUAUCACGGCAUCUCUUCUGCCGGAGGAGCAUCAUGUACGCGAACGAAGUGUGGAGGGUGGAAAACUCAGCCCUGUUUCGGGAUCUACGUCUCAGCUUCGCUAA